CUCCGCGUCAGCAGCAGCCCGGGAGCCAGGCCGGGUCGGCCGCGGGUUGGAGCAGCUCAGGUGCAGCCCCGCCCCGGCCUCCGGCGGCCCCGCCCCGGCCCAGGUGAGCGGCCCCGCCCCUGCCCAGAUUGUAAGAACAGUAAGUGUGUCCCAAAGAAGAACAUCUUUCAAGAAAUACAGUCAUUGGGGCUGAUACUAGAUCCACAAUGGAGGUUCCCCCGGCAUCCAAGCUUGGUGAGACCUUUGUGUUUGAAGAUGGGUUAGAGAUGCAGCAAGAGCUUUUCCCAGAGGAGGACCUAGGGGACGCAUUUCUUCAGGAAAGAGGUUUAGAGCAAAUGGCUGUUAUCUAUAAGGAGAUCCCUCUUGGGGAGCCAAACGAGGAACAUGAUGAUUACGAGGGGAAUUUCAGUCUGUGCUCAAGCCCUGUUCAGCAUCAGAGUAUUCCCCAAGUCAACAAACCCCAGGAUGAUGACAUAUUUGGCCAAACCUUCCUCCAGAAAUCAGACCUUAGUAUGUGUCAGUUAAUCCAUGAUGGAGAGGAACCCAGCAAACAUGACUAUGAGCUAGUGGGCAGUGGGGACUCGGGACCUAAUGAGCCUCACAGAACUGCACAACCACCAAAACCCUAUGCGUGUCGGGAAUGUGGGAAGGCCUUCAGCCAGAGCUCGCACCUUCUUAGGCACCUGGUGAUCCACACUGGGGAGAAGCCCUACGAGUGCUGUGAGUGUGGGAAGGCCUUCAGCCAGAGCUCGCACCUUCUCAGACAUCAGAUAAUCCACACUGGGGAGAAGCCCUACGAAUGCCCAGAAUGUGGAAAAGCCUUUCGCCAGAGCUCAGCCCUCACACAACAUCAGAAAACCCACACUGGGAAGAGACCCUAUGAAUGUAGGGAAUGUGGGAAAGAUUUCAGUCGGAGCUCAAGUCUGAGAAAACAUGAGAGAAUUCAUACUGGAGAAAAACCUUAUCAGUGUAAGGAAUGUGGGAAAUCCUUCAACCAGAGUUCAGGCCUGAGCCAGCAUCGGAAAAUCCACACCCUAAAGAAACCUCACCAAUGCGAUCUCUGCGGAAAGGCCUUCUGUCACAGGUCCCACCUCAUUCGGCACCAGAGGAUUCACACUGGGAAAAAACCGUACAAAUGUGAAGAGUGUGGGAAGGCCUUCAGCCAGAGCUCCAACCUCAUUGAGCAUCGGAAAACCCACACCGGUGAGAAACCCUACAAAUGCCAUAAGUGUGGGAAAGCCUUCAGCCAGAGUUCCUCCCUCAUUGAGCACCAGCGGAUUCACACUGGGGAGAAGCCUUAUGAGUGCGGCCAGUGCGGGAAGGCCUUCUGCCACAGCUCCGCACUGAUUCAGCACCAGAGAAUCCACACCGGGAAGAAACCCUAUGCGUGCAAUGAGUGUGGCAAAGCCUUCCGGCACAGGUCGGCCCUUAUUGAACAUUAUAAAACCCACACCAGAGAGAAACCCUACGAGUGUAACAAAUGCGGCAAGUCCUUCAGGGGGAGCUCACACCUUAUUCGGCAUCAGAAAAUCCAUGCUGGGGAGAAGCUCUAGAAGGAGGAGCUCACACCAAAGCUUGAAAGCCUUUCCCAGAUGGAGCCCGUGCCCAGUCACUUUAUCUGCAAAGCUCCAUCCACCUGCCCCAGAACAGAGUUGGACCUGGGUGCUCCUGAGCACCACACCAGCAGCACCGGCCCCUCUUGGCCAGGUGAUCAGCAGGUUUUCUGAGCACAAGGGAGGAUGGGGGGAGAGAAAGGCUGCCAGAAUGGCUGAGCACCUGAAAAGAGAGUGGGCCUUCGAUUUUCUCAUUCUCACAUUUGACUUCCAAGCCUGUGAGGUUCAGUUCUGCCCUCUAUUCCAGAAUACAGAAGAGAAGUGACUGUAAGAGGGAGAAAGUUGACUUAAACCCAUGAGAAUGUCAGGUGAGAACUCUAACAUCAGGCUAUAGUUUGGCACUUUCAGUAGAAGUAACCAUUCUCACAGUCCAAAUUAGCUGAAGAAAAAUGAAUCCAAAAAGUAGAUACCUCAGCCACAAAAUGGAAUCUUCUGCCUGGUUUGGGUACUUGUCGGUGCAACCCGAACAGGUUACAGAACAAAGGGAGUGUCUGGAAGGAUUAGGUUUGGGACUGGGAGGGAGGGUGCAAGUCCCUGGUGUGGUCCCUUAACCCUAUUCUGUGUUAGAGUGAGGGGGGUCUCUUUCAAGGAGAGUAGAGGUUUGGUCCUGCAGGCCAGAGGGCAUUUGAUGCCCAGCUCUGACUCAGCCCAGGCCCACGGCACCAGUGCCCUCCAGGAGCAGGCCCUCCACCAGACCCAGGGCUCCUAAAACCACAGCGUGCCUUGGACAUCAGCAGGGCCCGUUUCUGGUCUGGCAGCUAUGCAGCCUCUCCACCUUCCAGUGCAGGCUCAGGCGGGCGGGGGGAUGUGGGAAGCAGGGUGAUUCAAUCAGAGAUCUGGGAGCAAGUCUCAGCUCCAUCCCUCCUACCUAUGUGUCCUUGCGGAAGCCCCAAGGCUCAGUUUUCCUACCCGUGACAUGGCGAUAGUGGGAUCUGGCCCCACACUCUGAGGAUUGGUGCAAGCCUCCCAUUCAGAAUGAGAGCACAUAUGAAAGUGCUUUGACAACUAGGGAUUGAGUGUGGAUACCCAGAGUGACCUCUGCCCUGCCCCGGAAACACUGUCCCUGAAACCUGGAGAAGCAUCCCCAUCUGCUUCCUGAAAUGGCAGAGCUUGCAGCAGGCCCUCAUUAAACCAGGCUUCCCCAUACUCCCUCAGGCUUGCACCCUGGGCUGGGGUGCCCUGCGUUUAUCUUAAAGAUGUUUCCUGGAAGCCAUCCUGAGCCUCCCUGUGGUGUUCAGUCCAUGUCCCUGUACUUCUCUCUGUUCUCCCCCCUGCCAACUGGUGUUCAUCUGGGACCAAUUCAGUGGGCACCCCAGAGGUGGGGCUCAGUGGCGUGUUUUUAAAGCUCCCAGGUGGUUAUAAUGUCCCAGCAUGCAUCCAGGCCGUGAGCACCCAUGCACCCCCACAUCUCCCAAAUGACAGGCCUGCUUGCCCUGACUGAGCAGAGCUUGAAGGUGGCCCAGGAACCACACACUGACAGGUCUGGCUAGUUGGUCAUUGUUUGUCCCAGGCCCUCAGGCCUUCGUGUGCCCAUGGGGAUCUAGUACUGGCAUUCCCCUCAGGAUUCUCAGCUAGUGUGGGAGGAGGCGGUCUGAGCUAUUUUGAAGUUUUCCAAACGUUUAUGGCUGGAAUCCCAUGAACCUAUCAUGAUAAAGCUGGUUAUUUCAGCCAAUCAGAAGCUCAGCUUGGCAGAUAUGUGCAGUUUUGAUGAAUAAAAUGGGAGAGCCGCCCUGGCUAGUUUUCUCAGCGGUUAGAGAGUCAGUCCUCGGACUAACGGGUCACAAGUUCAGUUUUGGUCAAGGGCACAUAUCUCCACUGUAGGCUCAAUCCCUGGCCCCAGUCAGGGUGCAUGCGGGAGGCGACCGACCCAUGUGUCUCUCUCACAUCGAUGUUUCCCUCUCUGUGUCUCUCACCCUCCCUUCCACACUCUCUAAAAAUCAAUGGGAAAAAAAUAUUCUCGGGUGAGGAUUAACACCAAAAAAAAAACACAAAAAAAAUGGGAGAGCCAUAGUUGUUACUAAGUAAGUGGGGCUUGGUAGCCAGAGAUUUAAAAAGGAUUGGUCUGAGGGUCUGGGAAGAUCACUUCUGUCAAGUCCCGCUCUUUGCUAUGUGAAACAUUUAACCAGCACCCCAGGAUCCCCCACCACCUGCUAUACCACAGCUGGACUGGUCAGGUGGUGCUGGGCAUCGUUGUCAGGACCAGGAGUGAGGAGAGAAUGCUGACACCUGCUCGGUGCGGGUGACAGCAGCCACCAACUCCCACCAGGUCUACCUCCUGCACCCCCUCAUUCUGUGCCUAUCAGGCAGUCAUCAGUUUCCUUCCCACCCUCAGUGUCUCCCUCCACACCCUGUGCACCCCAACCAAAUUGAUUUUUUUUAAAGCAUCACUUUGCACAUGUCACCACUCUCCUUAAAACCAACCUUUGGGGGUAUUUCUGCACAUAAACCCCCAUUUCAGCCAAUCUGCUUCACCCCCUCUAAACAAGCCACAUGGAGCUCAUGCCAGCCUCUGUCCUCAGCUCACCCCCAGCCUCUCUCAACUCAUUUUAUACUGUUCUCACGUUUUGAAAUAUGCACUUUCUCCCCCUGUACCCUCUGCAGCCCGUCUCCUUUCUUCUUUUUGACAAUUUAUGUAACAGGAUUAAAACCCCUUUUUGAAGGGUUGACAGAUACUCAAAUAACCAUGGUUAAGACCAGGUACUUUUCAUUUUUGGAAGUGUAAGUAAAACUAGCUCUCUGUUCAAUGUAUUUCAUGGUUUGACUGUGUAUUUAAAUUCCUUCCAUUUUAGUUUGGGUCUCUGUAAGGUUAUGAGGGAUUGCCCUGGUAACGGUUUAAUCGUCCUUGAAUUUAGUUGUUUCUGUUGUCUUGUGUUUUUCCCUCACGGCAGAGGUUGAGUGUUGUAUAGCUCCCACUCGUGAUUUUGUGUACCUAGUUGAAUUGUUGUGUCAGAGUAUAUGUAUUCUGGUGGGUUGUUUGUUUGUUUUUAGCCUAACACUUUAUGUUUCUAAGAUUAAUUAUUAGUUAAGCGUAUAUAUCUAUAUUUUUAUUGAUUUUAGAGAGGAAGGGAGAGAAACAUCGAUCGGCUGCCUUCUGCACGUGCCCUGACCGUGGAUGGAACCCUCAACCUGGCUCUGUGCCCUGACUGGGAAUCCGAAUCGAACCUGCAGCCUUUUGGUGCAUGGGAUGAUGCUCCAACCAACUGAGCCACACAGGCCAGGGCAUUAGUUAAUCAUAUUUUUACUAUUUCUAGUAAAUGUAGGUAAUUUAGUCUGAUUUUUUUUAAUAGUUCGAGCUUUUUCUCUACUCCAUAAGUUUAACAUGUGGUAUUUCUUGUUAUUAUAUUAUUACUUCCCUUUUGGCCCAAGUGUUAUUAUUACUUUUUUAUAUUUCCAAGUGAUGAAUGCUUAAGUCAUUAUUGUUAUUUCUUACUUUAUUGUGGUUUCAACAUUUCAGAGUGUCCAUAGAAUUUCUUUGGGCCUGAAUAUAUUAUCAGUUUUUAUAAAGCAUUUGUGUACUCGUAAGAAAUGUGUUUUUACUCCAUCAGUUCUAUUUGUUAGCUCAGUUUUUAAACUAUUUUAUACAAAUUAAUAUUUUCUCUAAUUUUGUUUUCUUCAGAGUUCUGAACCUGGGGUCCAUGGACUGCCUAGGGGUCUUUUGGCACACGGGGGUUUUAAAAGGUGUGGACCCCUAGGGACUGAACAAAGCUGUGUGGACGUGCGUAUGAGUGAAUUGUUCUGGGUCUGAAGCAUUCUCCUUAUUUUGGAAGUGCGGGCUCUGUGGCCCCAAAAUAGUUAAGAACACUCAUUUACCUGAUCUAAUUGUAGUCUGAUUUUGUGUUUUUUUCUUUAUGUAGUUUCUGUUCCUUUUUUAUGUGCGUUGGUAUGUUAGUCAUGCAAUUAUCUCAACUCUUUUUGGAGGAAUAGACAGGGUAUAAGUUGUCAAUAAGUAAGCACCAUGGUGUUUGGGAUAUAUAUAUAUAUAUAUAUAUAUAUAUAUAUAUA